GACCGGCGAGGACGUCAUAACUGGGCGACCAGUGUUUCGCGCACAUGCGCGUGUCGCCAGCUCCAAUGCCCACACGUGAGAUCGACGCGUUCCUUCCAGACCUAACGUGGUGAAGAUGGCGGAGAAUAAAUCAGUCCCCAGCGAUCUUUACAAAUCCGUGUACUCCUUUCUGCUGGAAAACAAAUUCGCCAAGGCGGCCCAGCAGUUUCUGAAGCAGACUAAAGUGAACCCGCAGGAUGAAAAUGAGGAGAGAUUACUCGACAUCUACAACUUUUGGGCAAAGUCUCCCGAGGCAAAGAAACGAAAGGCAAUUCCCGGCUCUGCUAAAGCCACCAACGGACCUGCCGCUAAGAAAGCGAAGGGUGCUGCAGAAAGCUCCAGUAGUGAAGACUCCAGCGAUGAGGAGGUGGAAGCGGCUGCCGCUAAGACCACCCCGGCAGUUGUGAAGGCUGUGCCUACUAAAGCUGCAGCUGCCAAAGCCGCAUCGAGCAGCAGCGAGGAUUCCAGUGAGGAUGAGGCUCCACCUGCAAAGAAAGCUGCUAAGGCCACACCUGCUAAGGCCACACCUGCAAAGGCUCCAGCCCCGACUCCCGCGGUAGCAGCAGCAGCCAGGAAGAAGGACGCCAGCUCCAGCAGUGAGGAGUCUGACUCUGAGGAUGAGAAGGCCCCCAAAGCCCCCGCCACCAAAGCGAAGGCUGCAGCAGCCACAACACCGAAGGCCGGUGUGGCGGCUAAAGCGACACCGAAAAAGAAGGAAAGCAGCAGCGAGGACAGCUCUUCAGACUCUGAGGACGAGGAACCCGCCAAGGCUGCAGUCAAGCCGGCGCCUAAGAAGCCUGCAGCACCUGCUAAACCCGCUGCCGCCGCUGCAAAAUCUAGCAGCGAGGACUCGUCUGAGGAGGAGGAGGAGGAGGCGGCUCCUCCCACCAAGAAGCCCAAAGCAGGAGCGUACAGCGCUGUCCCGCCACCUGCCCCCGCCGUCGCAGCAGCAGCAGCAGCCCCCCAACCCAAGGCCAAGGACGACAGCUCCUCAGACAGCAGCGACGAGGAAGAGGCGGCACCAGCUAAACCGGCCCCCGUCAAGACCACCCCGGCCAAACCCAAAACCCCUGCGAAGAAGGCGGCCAGCUCUGACAGUUCAGACUCCAGCUCUGAUGAAGAGGAAGUGAAGAAGAAACCCGUAGCCAAAAAGACCCCAGUGAAGACUACCCCGGCUAAGGCUGCUCCUGCGAAGGAAGACUCUUCCUCAAGUUCCGAGGAGGAAGAGGAGGUGAAGAAGACCCCAGCAAAGGCGACUCCUGCUAAAGCCGCCGCAGCUAAACCUGCGCCGGCUAAAGCCACACCUGCUAAAGCCACGCCUGCUAAAGCCACGCCUGCUAAAGAGUCUUCCUCUGAAGACUCCAGCUCAGAUGAAGAGGAGGCGGCGGCGGCAGUGAAAAAGCCCGUGGCCAAGGCCACUCCGGCGAAGACCCCGCCGGCCAAGGCGGCCCCCGCCAAGAAGGACUCCUCCAGCGAAGACAGCAGCUCUGAAGACGAGGCCCCAGCUAAGCCCGCUGCUAAGCCUGCAGCCAAGCCUGCAGCCAAGCCUGCCAAGCCCGCCGCCACCUCCACGCCCAAAGCCCCGGCCAAGGCGGCAGAGAGCAGCUCAGACUCGUCAUCCGAAGAGGACGAGCCUGCAAAGGCUAAACCAGCCUCCAAGCCGGCCACGCCCGCCGCCGCCAAGCCUGCUGCAGAGAGCAGCUCCGACUCGUCCUCUGAGGAUGAAGCUCCUGCUAAGGCCAAGGCCAAGCCCGCAGCGGCUAAACCAGCGGCCUCCAAGCCGGCCACCCCGGUAGCAACGCCAGCUGCUGCUGCAGAGAGCAGCUCCUCCUCUGAGGAGGAAGAGGCGGCCAAGCCCGCGGCCAAGUCACCUGCAGCCAAGUCACCUGCUGUGGCCAAGCCGGCGGCGGCCCCGGCCAAGAAGGCUGCAGAGAGCAGCUCCGACAGCUCCUCUGAGGAGGAGGAAGAGGCGGCCAAGCCCGCGGCCAAGUCACCUGCAGCCAAGUCACCUGCAUUGGCCAAGCCAGCUGCGGCCCCGGCCAAGAAGGCUGCAGAGAGCAGCUCCGACAGCUCGUCGGAGGAGGAGGCGGAGGCGGCGGUCAAGCCUGCAGCAAAGUCACCUGCUGCUAAGUCACCUGUGGCCAAGCCAGCCCCUGUGAAGAAGGCAGCAGAGAGCAGCUCCGACUCCUCUGAUUCUGAGACGGAGGCCCCCGCAAAGACCACCCCGGCCAAGACCACCCCGGCCAAGGCCACCCCCGCUAAGGCCACCCCCGCUAAGGCCACCCCCGCUAAGGCAGCAGCCAAGCCCAAGGAGUCUUCCUCCAGCGACAGCAGCUCCGAGGAAGAGGCGGCCCCCGCUAAGGCCACCCCGGCCAAGACCACCCCCGCUAAGGCCACCCCCGCUAAGGCCACCCCGGCCAAGGCCGAGUCAUCCUCCAGCGACAGCAGCUCUGAAGACGAGGCACCGCCGGCCAAGAGCACCCCGGCUGUCACUCCCAAGAGCACCCCUAAAGCCAAGGCUAAAGCCGCCAGCAGCUCCGAAGACAGUUCCUCAGACGAGGAGGAGGCGGCGGCGGCGGCGGCGCCCAAGGCAGCCACGGCCCCCAGUACACCGGUCACCAACGGAAUAAACGGUAAGAGUAAAGCAGAUGACUCUUCUGAGAGUGAGGAGGAGGAGGAAGAAAAGACCCCCAAAACAAAGAAGGUCAUAACAACGCCACAAACUUUCCCCAAAGUCCACGCAAAGAAUGUGCCUUUCCGUAGAAUAAGAGAGGAAGAGAUUGAGGUGGAUCACAGACUGGCCAACAACUCGUUUGACGCCAAGCGCGGCUCAAAUGGAGACUGGGGCCAGAAGGCCAACGACGUCCUGAGGUACACAAAGGGAAAGUCCUUCAAACACGAAAAGACCAAGAAGAAGCGCGGCAGCUACUGCGGCGGGGCCAUCUCAACAGGCAUCAACUCCAUCCGCUUUGACAGUGACUGAGGAGGUCCCCCCGCUCAACCGUCCAACCACACCUGAACUGUUUACCCCCCCCCCACUAGAGAGAAUCCCCAUCAUGGCAGGACUUGAAAUAUCCGAACCGAGGAUUAUGACACCACCACCCCCCCCCCCCCCAUUGGCUGCCCGUAGUCAACAAGAGACUCAUCCUCUAAGAUGACCCCAUGGAGAAGGCUACAGGAGGGGUGCCCCUCUAUUGUGCCUUACGUUGAUGGCGUUGAAGAGUGUCACAGGUUCACACACUGCUGUGGCCACUAGGUGGCGGUAGGUCCCCAGUUAACGUUUAGUUUAUUUUUUACUUAAAAUGUGUUUUGACUCUCUGUCCUUAAUCAUCCAUUGCGAUAUCUGGAAUGAGUUUAUUUGUGUAUAUGAAUGUUAAGAAAUUAGCCAUAUAUCAUUAAACGUUAGUUGAGCCGGCAUAUAGAAUGCCAUGGAUCUUUGUGUUAAAUGGUCUGGUGGGGGAAUUCAAAUUAAUUGAUUAGUUUAACUUUAAAACUGGCUAUGAGAACUUGAGUUCUUUGUUUCCAUGUUAUACAGCUAGAGACCUGUUUUAUAUUUUAGUAUUUAUUGCACCGUUUUAGUCCCGUUUUCUUUCCUAAGCAUUAAGCAACCAUGCUGAAUUUGAAACUCCUAUCAAAAGUAGGUGGGCCCACCCCACUCCAGAUUGUUAAGUGGCGUACUAUUGCGGUGUUAAUACGUUACCAUCCUGAUUGACAGUCCUGGGGAAUUUAAAUUACUUGACCCCAAGUAUGUGAAUUUCACGUGUUUGACCAUAAUCGGCCAAUAUCCCCCUUUAAUUUCGUUUUUCUGUAUUGUUUUUUGUUACUGUAAUUAAAAUCUUGAAAAUUAA